AUGGGUUCGAAACCGUGGUUACAUCCUGCUCCAACUUAUAGUCCUAUAGAAAGUUUUUGGGAUACUGAUGAAGAUGCUCCUGGUCCUCGAUGUGGACAUACUCUUACCGCUGUUGCCGCUACUAAGACUCAUGGUCCGCGGUUGAUUCUGUUUGGUGGUGCAACUGCCAUUGAAGGAGGAUCCACUUCUGCUCCUGGCAUUAGAUUGGCUGGAGUUACGAAUUCGGUUCAUUCGUAUGACGUUGAGACAAAGAAAUGGACUAGGAUUAAACCUGCUGGAGACCCGCCAUCUCCUCGGGCUGCUCAUGCUGCAGCGACGGUUGGGACCAUGGUUGUUUUUCAGGGUGGGAUAGGUCCUGCCGGGCAUUCCACUGAUGAUCUGUAUGUGCUCGACUUGACCAAUGAUAAAUACAAAUGGCACAGAGUCGUUGUACAAGGGCAGGGACCGGGGCCUCGCUAUGGCCAUGUAAUGGACUUGGUUGCUCAGAGAUAUCUUGUUACCGUCAGCGGAAAUGAUGGAAAACGAGUUGUAUCUGAUGCUUGGACUUUAGAUACGGCUCAAAAGCCUUAUGCGUGGCAGAAGCUGAACCCAGAAGGCGACAGGCCUUCUGCUAGAAUGUAUGCGACUGCUAGUGCCCGCUCAGAUGGAAUGUUUUUACUCUGUGGUGGAAGAGACUCUUCUGGAACUCCACUAGCAGACGCCUAUGGACUGCUCAUGCAUAGAAAUGGCCAGUGGGAAUGGACUCUUGCACCUGGAGUUUCCCCUUCACCUAGGUAUCAACAUGCAUCGGUUUUUGUUGGUGCGCGAUUACAUGUUACUGGAGGUGUUCUUAGGGGCGGGCGAGCUGUAGAAGGUGAACCAUCCAUUGCAGUAUUGGAUACUGCUGCUGGGGUUUGGUUGGAUAGAAAUGGCAUUGUGUCCUCGUCACGCUCAAACAAAACUCAUGAUUAUGACCCUUCUUUGGAGCUUAUGCGUCGUUGUCGCCAUGCAGCAGCAGCUGUUGGUGUUCGAGUCUAUGUCCAUGGUGGUCUUAGAGGAGAUACACUACUGGGUGAUUUCUUAAUGGCUGAAAAUUCGCCAUCAGGUUCACCUUUUGCUAGUCCCAAACUUAAUCAGCCUAACUUAAAUUAUAAUGGAGACACACCAAGUUUGGAUGGUGGACCAGAAACCCCGUCAUUUGGUGGCCCAGGCUUGGACAAAUAUUCUCUGGAGAAACUGAGGGAGGCAUCAGCUGCUGAAGCUGAGGCAGCUAGUGCUGUCUGGCAAUCUGUGCAAGCUAUAUCAAGUAGUCCUGCUGAUGAAACAUCUGUGUCAGAUGACAACUCACAUGCUGCAGACACAGUUGCAGAUGGAAGUGACACAGAGGGAGAUGUUCGCCUUCAUCCUAGAGCUGUUGUAGUUGCUAAAGAGGCUAUAGGUAACCUAGGUGGAAUGGUGAGACAAUUAUCACUCGAUCAAUUUGAAAAUGAAAGCAGACGCAUGCUACCAAUAAACAGUGAUUCGCCAUAUCCUACAAAAAAGUUCACCAGGCAGAAAUCCCCUCAGGGUUUACAUAAAAAGAUAAUUUCAAAUUUGCUCAAGCCUCGCAACUGGAAAGCACCUGCAAAUAGGCGGUUCUUUUUGGAUUCUUAUGAAGUGGGUGAGCUUUGCUAUGCUGCUGAGCAAAUAUUUAUCCACGAACCAACUGUUCUUCAGCUGAAAGCUCCUGUCAAAGUAUUUGGUGAUCUUCAUGGUCAGUUUGGUGAUUUGAUGCGGCUAUUUGAUGAAUAUGGAUUUCCUUCAACCGCAGGAGACAUCACGUAUAUUGACUACCUGUUUUUAGGAGAUUAUGUUGAUCGAGGACAGCACAGCUUGGAAACCAUUACCUUGCUACUUGCUCUUAAGAUUGAAUAUCCUGACAAUGUUCACUUGAUACGUGGAAAUCACGAGGCUGCUGACAUAAAUGCAUUAUUUGGUUUUCGUAUAGAGUGCAUUGAACGAAUGGGUGAAAAUGACGGCAUAUGGGCGUGGACAAGAUUCAAUCAACUUUUUAACCAUCUUCCCCUCGCUGCUCUUAUUGAAAAGAAAAUUAUAUGUAUGCAUGGUGGCAUUGGAAGAUCUAUCCAUUCAGUAGAACAGAUAGAGAAGAUUGAAAGGCCCAUAACAAUGGAUGCAGGGUCUAUUAUUUUAAUGGAUCUUUUAUGGUCUGAUCCCACAGAAAAUGAUAGUGUGGAGGGUUUGAGACCAAAUGCUAGAGGGCCAGGGCUCGUCACAUUCGGGCCUGACCGAGUCACAGAGUUCUGUAAGAAAAAUAAAUUACAGCUCAUCAUAAGGGCCCAUGAGUGUGUCAUGGAUGGUUUUGAGCGAUUUGCCCAGGGACAACUAAUCACCCUUUUUUCUGCAACUAACUAUUGUGGAACUGCAAACAACGCAGGAGCUAUACUGGUGGUUGGCAGGGGUUUGGUUGUGGUUCCAAAAUUAAUUCAUCCUAUACCACCUCCUCUUCAGUCACCAGAGUCAUCUCCUGAGCGUGUCAUGGACGAGACAUGGAUGCAGGAGCUUAAUAUUCAGAGGCCACCAACUCCUACUCGUGGUCGACCACAGCCCGACCUUGACCGUGGUUCCCUAGCGUACAUAUGA